GGUCUCAAAUUUUACGUUGAACGAUCGUGGGUGCCUGGCUGGUGAUAGGAUGAGUUUAUAAUAUUUGUGAACCCUUUAAAAUGAUGAACAACGAUAGGCGAUCAUAACGAUCAAGCGAUAACGAUAAGUAACUUUGGAAUCAGUUCAAAGGAAUUUAUUUCCAUAGCGUGACCAACUGCCCCAAACACCACAAAUGACCUAAUUACGCCUCGCUUACUUCCGAGGCUUACAGCAAAUUCUUAUUGACCGGAAUGUGUGACGCACGCGAGUUUUGUUGUCGUGCGACAGGAUGAGUAAGAUAUUUUUCCUGCCCUUGGUGGCACAAGUUCUAGUGAUAGGAACUAGGCCGGGAUGUGGGGAGCCCUCUGUGUACAGUGACUGCUCCUUCUCCCCGAGAUGCUCGGACCGACCAAAGGCCUAUGGAGGAGGAGACUCUUCAUACGUACCCCGCGAGCCGUGCCGCUGCGACCACGAGUGUCACCUGUACGGCGACUGCUGCCCUGACGCUCCCGAACACAACUUCUCUGCACUCGAGAACAGGCUCCUCAGGGACGCUCCAGAGGCGCCCUUUGCCUGCCUACCGCUCCAGCCACCAGCCCUACUUCCUUCCUCUUUAAAAGUCUUCAUGGUGGACUGGUGCCCCAAGGGAACCAACUCGCUGCUCGACGACAAGUGCCGCAAAGACACUACCAAAGGAUCAUUCAAUUAUACGUACCUGAUGGACGUGCCCGUAGUGUCUUCAAAUUCUGGUAUAAUUUACCAGAACAUUUUCUGCGGCACCUGCAACAGGGAGUACUACUUCGACGGGUACAGCUACAGCCUGUCGUGCGACUGCGAGGUCGAUUCUAUGGAUGUUGUCAUGAACAUGCAAUAUCAGGCAGGGAAUCUGACCUGGUCCGCCCCUCGUUCCAAGGACGUUCAUUGUAUAGACUACGACAGAGUCACAUGUUUCUUACUUAUCGAGUUUCCUAUCGAUGUCGUCCACGUGUGUGAAGAUAAGGUAAUUAGUUCCUGUACACCAGGUGCUGGAGGAAUGUACCACGACAUCAUAGAGCAGCGAUGCCUAGAAGGCGAUAACUACUUUCUACAGGACAAAGAAGCAAACGUCUACAAAAAUAAUCAUUGUGCAUUGUGUAAUGGAGUACAAUUGGGUAACAUCAUUUGCCUCCAGCCGUUCGACAUUUCUUCAGGAAGUGCAGUGGCACGAAACGACUUAUGGACGAUCUCAGACCUUUUCGACUUUGAUCAGAACUGCGAAUCAAACUACGUCAAAGAUCCUGUAUUCGGGGAAUGCGAUUUGAUCGAGAAUCCAGAAAAUAUUCUCGAGAACGGCACCGACGUUGACAGCUGGUUGAACGAAACUGUUAUUGAACAAGUGAACGCUGAUGCGUCCGCUGAGUCAAUAGUCUUCACGGUUUUCAUGUCCAUAUCUAUAGUGUGUUUAUUACUACACAUGCUUAUUUUCCUCAUUCUUUUCCAAAAUCGCAAACUUCAUAGCUUAAAUUUAUUCUCGAUGUCAUGCGCGCUGUUUUUUGCAGAAACGUUUUUUGUAUUCGGAGCAAACUUGUGCCGCACGGUUGGAGGGUGUUACACCCUGAGUGCGGUUGUCUACUACUUCUUUAUGGCAGCCUUCUUUUGGAUGAAUGUAAUAAGCUUCGACAUUUGUAAAACUUUCCAUACACGAGGACUGCGGAGCCACGAAUUGAGAAGCUUUACGAGGUAUAGUUUAUACGCAUGGGGUCUACCGGCCGUAAUGCUCUUAUGUGCCAUCACCGUGGACAUGGCAGCCGAAGACUCAAUAGUUGCCCCAGCCUUUGCUGCUUACGGGUUUUGGUUCGGAACCUUAGGAGGGCUUCUGUUAUUCUUUGUUGUUCCUGUCGAAAUUAUAUUUUUCCUAAACGUAGUCAUGCUCAUUAUGUCUGCAAGUAAAAUUCGAAAACAAAAAAAGAUGGGGAAAAUGGCAGCAGUUUCUUCAAAAAGAGGCAAGUAUAAACCUGAAAAAACUCUAGAAACUGAUGAGAAAGAAAGCCGUAAAAUUUAUCACUUGAUCACCGGGAAGAUGAAGAAAACCGUUGGCGACCAAGAAGAGAACAUUAAAAAAUUAAAAUUGUAUGCCAGUUUAGCGGUUCUAAUGGGUGUCCCAUGGAUAUUUGCAACGCUCGUCAGUUUCUCAGUUGUUUUCGAUUAUCUUUUCAACAUCAUAACUUCCCUACAAGGCGUUUUCAUUUUCUUGGCUUUCGACUGCAAGAAGGUGGUGUGGAGAAACUUGAAUGCUCGGUUAUCAGGUCACACAAUCGUUUCGGGCACGUCGUCUGGAGGAUACACCCGGAGUACCAGCAGUUCGAGGACCAACAGCUCCAGCAGCGGCAACCGCAAGACAAAACACAAGCGUGGUGAGUCGACUAUAUCCAAGGCUACAGUGGACACGACAUUCAGUUCUGGCAACGAGAAUAGCCGUCGCCAGUCUCGCACAAGCUCCGACCAUGGUGAGAAGUAUUCCUUGAAGAAUUACACAGCCGACGGGCGACAAGAAGAACGCAGAGUUAGAAAUUCGGAGCGAUCUUUGACGAAUGGAUACCACGAAGAAACUGAGUCUCAAAAUGGUUUUAAAAAUGACCUACCGAAGCACGAUGAAACUCUCCUUAUGAAUUACUAUCACGAAGAGCAAACGGAUCAAGAGAACAAGGCCUUCGCCUUUAUGGGGAAUAGAACCGUUUUGUCCAAUGUACGAGAAUCGGAAGUUUCUUCAGAACGAAGCGACGAUGAUCAUUAUUACCAACUGCAGCCACCAGCACAAUCGCCAAUCAAAGUAACCAAGAAGCGGAAGGACAGAAGAGCACACGACAGAAGUCCUCAAAGUGGCAGAAAAGAUAGCAGAAACUACAGUUUACGAAAGGCUUGCCAUAGCUCCUCCACAUCGUCAGAAGAUGAAGAUUCAGAAGACGUGGUUGAUGUGUAACCACUCAAUCGGCUUUGUCAAACUUUCUUUACCAUUUCUAAGUAGAUAGAAGUGGCAAUUUCCAAAAAUGUAAGACGCACGCUGUAACAUGAUUGCUCGCAUCAACUUGCAGUAGAAAUCAAAGUUAGGUGGCGAUGGAUGAUGAGGAAAAAAUUCGCUUCUAAACCUGCUAAGAAAUAGAAGGACAACUUGUAAAUGACGUCCGAAAAUCCCUCGGGAAAGUUUUGUGUUAACUCGAAAUCUGAAUUUGCUAGUGUACUCUGGAUUUUUUGCUUUAUAAGCACAAAUUUUAUCAUUACGGUUUCGCUGCCAUCCAAAGCGAGCUUUGCGAUGACUUACUCAAUUUAUUUGAUUUCAAUAAUAUACAUUUUUUGUCCACUCAGCCGCAAGUGUCGUAUACAUCGCUCUCUACAUUGCGUUUACGGGAAAUUGGCUCUCGCUUCACUAAUUUGCAUUCGAAACGAAUUGGUUGACAACGAAUUCAUUGUAAUUACCGUUAUUUCUAGUAAAAACCGCUAGGGAACCUCGAAAUACAAGUUAUGCAAUAUAUCUAAGAGUAGAGAAAUUCUUACUCUCGGUUACAAUUAAGAGAAGUCCUUGAUCAAUAUAAGUUAAUUAUUCUAGCCGCGUUAGAGUGAAGUCAGAGAUGCAUAAUGUGAUCUGCAACUUAAUAAAUUGUCUGCAAGUAAUUACACACGAUGCUAUGCCAUGUAUUGGCAGUAAUGCCAUCCAACAAUGUUUUCGUCAAGCGAUUAAUGAGCAAAACGAGAAGACAAUCGGAGAAUGUCGUCUCUACUUCUAAUUACUGCCACGAGGUUAAAUGAGCGAGGCAAAUUGAGUUCAGCUCUCUGUAAUAAGUAUCUUCGAUAGCCCAAUAAUUUUAAAUGUAUUGUCAUAUAUAUAAGGAGCCAGAUUGAUGAGCUCAAUUCGAAAAAAUAUUGAGAAUAUAAUAUUAAAGAUAUUAUACUCUCAAUGUUUAUUUCGAAUUGAGAAACAUAUACUAUGAUAUAAAUAUUGAAAAUAUUCUAUUCUAUAGAAUGAUUUGAAAUGGAGAAUAUAUUUAAAUAAAAUAUUGAAAAUAUAUUCUCCAUUUCUAAUCACUACCCGAGUGGUUAAAUGAGCGAGUCCAAUUGAGUUCAGCUCUCUCUGUAAUAAGUCUCUCCAAUAACCAAAUAAAUAAAAUGUAUUGCCAGAUAAUUGAAAAGCUAGCUUGAUGAGCUCAAUUCGAAGUUGAUUUAUGAAAUAAAAAAAUGGCAUGGGUAUAAUUAAAUAGAGCUAGGAGGAAAGAGAAUCUACAUUUCCCAAUAUUCAGUGCAAAAAUAUUCAGUACGGCAUUCAUGUUUCACUUGAUAACUGUAGAAAUCAAAAUAGUGGAACCAAAUUUAAUUUGGAUUUUUUUUUUACUAUGCUCUUUCAACAAUAAAACCUUUACCUCUCA